AUGGUAUACGAAAAGUGUUGUGUUGGUGGUUGCAAUACAACACGUGAAACGCACCGGCUUUUCAGAUUCCCUAGGAACGAUAAUUUAAGGAACUUGUGGAUGGCUUUCAUAGUGCCGACAAAUCCCCAGCUCAUUGUACUUUCCAAAGAACAGUUACUUAACAAACGUGUCUGUGAAAAACAUUUUGAUGUAUUUCAGUUCGGCAAUGAAGGCAGAAGACUUCGAUACUCUUACCCGUCCUUGCUUACUGACAAUGAAAUAGCUCAUGGUGUGCCUCUGACUGCAACUGGAUGGGAUGUCACAACUGAACAUAAUUACUGUAAAGAGCAAAAUGAAGAUGAUUUCACAGAAGCUGUGUUAGUGGUUAGAAAGCCUGGAAGUGAUGUUACGAUUGAACACAAUUACUACAAAGAGCAAAAUGAUUGUUCCAAAUCAUCGGUAGAGAUUGGAUCGUCAGAUGUUGGAAAUUCUCAUGAACAGCCUUCCAGUGCAAAUUUUUCAACUGUUGCAACAGUUGUUGAAAAUAAAGGAAUGGUGGUUUAUAAACUUUUAUACAAAUCGUCUUUGUGGAGUCGAAAAGUUACGCUAAAAGGAAAGGUAGUAGUAAUUACUGGAGCAAGUUCUGGAAUUGGGGAAGCACUAGCUCAUGUUUUCUACGAUCACGGAUGUAGAGUAGUACUUGCAUCACGAAGAAAAUCGGAACUUGAAAGAGUGAAACAAGAACUAAUGUCAAAGAAAAUUGCCUCCAGUAUAGAACCUAUUGUGUUGGAAUUAGACCUUGCUGAUCUUGAUCAUUCAGAAGCAUUUAUUAAUAAGGUUUAUGACACAUUUAGCCAUAUUGAUAUAUUAAUUAAUAAUGGAGGAAUUUCUCAUCGUGGCUCAAUAUUACACACAAAACUUGAAGUAUUCAAACAAAUCAUGUGCAUAAACUACUUUGGAUCUGUUGCCUUAACAAAAGCUACUCUACCAAAAAUGGUUGAAAGGAAAUGUGGUCAUAUAGUUUUCGUUAGUUCUGUGCAAGGAUUAGUAGGUUUACCAGACCGCUCUGCUUAUGCUGCGUCAAAACAUGCCAUGCAGGCAUUUGGUGAUUCAUUACGUGCUGAAAUGAAACAACACAACAUUGAUGUAUCUGUGAUAAGUCCAGGAUAUGUUAAAACUUCAGUUUCCCUCAAUGCUCUCACGGGGACUGGUGAGCGACAUGGAGUUAUGGACAAGAGCACUGCAGCUGGCUUCACCCCAGAAUAUGUUGCUUCGAAGAUUUUGGACACAGUUGUAAAUAAAGAUAAUGAACUAAUAAUUUCUCAGUUUAUAGGACAUUUUGCUAUAUUUGUACGACGAACUUUACCGUCAUUAUAUUUUUAUUUGACUGCAAAAAGAGCUACUAAAACUUCGUAA